GCCGCGAACCCCCCGGCAGCCGGCGGCGAGUGGUCCGCGGGUCGGUGGAGGGGACGCGGGUGGGAUCCAGGCGGCCGCCGCAUCCCCCGAACUGCGGGAGUCGCCGGCGCGGCGCGGCGCGGCCGGGGAUGCGCCCGGCAGCUGCAGCUCCGGAGGUGAUGAUUUUACCGGGCUGAAAAAUAAAAUGCCUCUGAAAGCCGGGGUUUAGAGCAGUUUGAGCCGUGCCAGCCGUCUCUCGCCCUUUCCUCGAGGGGGCAGAGAAGAAGGUAUUUCAUGGAGCCAUUGAGCACUAACAUCACUUUGCUCAUCUGAGAGCAAACAAGCUGGACACAGCCAUGGGGGACUCUCCAGCAAAUGUCGUGGAUGGAGGCAUGGACACACAGACUGAACUGGUGGAGAGGGUGGCAGCCAUAGAUGUGUCUGUUGUCCCAGACAGAAAGGACCAAAAUGGUGAAGACAACCCUGAAGAAAAUGACACAGUCUUUUCUGAUAACAUAAAGGACAUCCAAAGAAAUGGAGUCAGCAGUGAUGUGGGAAUCAAUGAAUUUCUGCCUUCCCAACAGUCAGAAGAUGCUCACUUGAGGCAUGUUCCCAAGAGACCUCUAACCAGACCUGGUCUAUCAAGUAGGAAGUUGUCCCUUCAGGAAAGAUCAUCGGGAGGUUAUUUGGCUUCUAGCAACACUCCAGGUUGUGGUCCUUAUUCCACAGGGCCAUCCCCACGUAUAAUCAGGAGACCAACAAUAGAGUCCAAUCGGGUCUCCAUAUCAGACUCUGAGGACUGUGUGCAAUUAAACCAGUACAAGCUGCAGAGUGAAAUAGGCAAGGGCUCCUACGGCGUGGUGAAACUGGCCUACAACGAGGACGAUGACAAGUACUAUGCUAUGAAAGUCCUCUCCAAAAAGAAGCUCUUGAAGCAGUAUGGAUUUCCACGUCGGCCUCCUCCCAGAGGGUCCAAAGCAUCCUCUGGAGAGCAGCCCAAGCCCAUGGCACCCCUGGACAGAGUCUAUCAGGAAAUAGCCAUCCUAAAGAAGCUGGACCACAUCAAUAUUGUUAAGCUGAUAGAGGUCCUUGAUGAUCCUGCAGAGGACAACUUGUACAUGGUGUUUGACCUCAUGAGGAAAGGGCCUGUCAUGGAGGUGCCCAGUGAGCAGCCCUUCAGCGAGGAGCAGGCUCGGCUCUACUUCCGAGACAUCGUCCUGGGCAUCGAGUACUUGCACUACCAGAAGAUCAUCCACAGGGACAUCAAGCCUUCCAACUUGCUCUUAGGAGAUGAUGGCCACGUCAAAAUUGCCGAUUUUGGUGUCAGCAAUCAGUUUGAAGGGAAUGAUGCCCAGCUUUCCAGCACAGCAGGGACACCAGCCUUCAUGGCACCAGAGGCCAUCUCACAGACUGGCAAAAGUUUCAGUGGCAAGGCUCUGGAUGUGUGGGCCAUGGGAAUCACCCUGUACUGCUUUGUUUAUGGGAAGUGCCCUUUUAUAGAUGAAUAUAUUCUGGGUCUUCAUAAUAGGAUCAAGACCAAGCCUGUGGAGUUCCCAGAAGAAGCACAGAUAAGUGAGGAGCUGAAGGAUCUGAUACUGCGCAUGCUCGAUAAAAAUCCAGAAACGAGGAUAACAGUCCCUGAAAUAAAGGUGCACCCCUGGCUGAGCCGGGGCGGCGCGGAGCCGCUGCCGCUGGAGGAGGAGCACUGCUCCGUGGUGGAGGUCACCGAGGAGGAGGUCAAGAACUCCGUGAAGACCAUCCCCAGCCUGCCAGCCGUGAUCCUCGUGAAGGCCAUGCUGAGGAAACGCUCCUUUGGGAACCCCUUUGAGGUCCAGACGAGGCGGGAGGAGAGAUCCAUGUCUGCUCCAGGGAACCUGCUGAUAACACAGGGCAGCAGAGAAGCCGCCAGGGACCCGGAGCUGCCCGACGUGUGCGAGGACGAGGCCGCGGCCUGAGGGGCAGCGGCGGCUGCCCUCAGCGCCCUCACUGCCCUCAGCGCCCAGCACGGAGCCAGCCUGAGCCCAGCACGAUGGCGGGCAGCCCCACGAGCCGGGCAGGAGGACGGGAGCAGCUCCAGCCAUGAGCUCGUCCAUGCGCGCCUCGCUGCAGCCGAGCGCCUCGGCCUGCUCCUCUCAAGGGUCAUCUUCCCCCCACAGACUUUCUCCUUGUGUUGCUGCAUUCUCUACUUCAAGCAUCAGGGGGGAAAAUGGUGUUACAAGAUGGGCUUUAUAUGGGAGGGCAGCUGUUUUAUUUAAUGCACUUGUGUACGUCAGGAGUCCUGCUCCUGGCGUGGAGAUGAAGGCAAAAUGGAUAUCAGCUGAAUGAGGAGGAGAUCCCGCUGUUGGAUGGACAUCGUCCCUCCCUGUGUUUGUGUUUCUCUUUCUUCCCUUUUCCUCCCAUCCCUCAGUUUUGCACAGUGUCAGUCCUGCCCCCAGCCGUGGCUUUAGGGCAGAGCUGUAAAGCAGAGGAGUUACAGGAGAUUCCCUGGCUGUGCCGUGAGCCCUGGAAUGUCACAGAGCCCUGGAGCUUGGGGAUAUGCUGCUACACACAACAGCUCAGUGCUCCAAGCACGUCUGCCAGGGCUGGGAAUGCACCCCAGCAGCUGCACCCCAUCCUGCACCCAUGGACCAUGUUCCCCAGCUGAAAAGAGUGGCAGGUUUGGGAUUUGUUUUAUUUCAUUUCCUUCUCUUCACUUAUCUCUUGUGUACCUGAUGCUUUUAAACUUUAUUUUCAUAAAAAUGACCCAAACUGGGAGAGGUUCCUAGGAUGGAAAAUGUUGGUGGAGGGUUUUUAGAAAGCUACAGAGCACAAGUUCACAGCUUGAUCUUUUGAUUUUUAUUUUUUUUAAAGGCUUUAACUUUUAAUUUUAAGACUCUGGUUUUUAUGCAUGUGCUGUUGCUGCUAUUUUUUCCAUUGAUUGCUUCUAAACUUGGGGUUAGAAGCUUCAUCUCAAUCGUUUGACAACUGGUAAGAGAUUGCACUUAAAAAGGUAAAUACAAAAAAGCAAAUACAGCCAUUUUUGUGGCUGUUGACUGUACAGACUGUGGAUUAUCAGGAAUGUCAUUCUUCCAUUCAGAGAGUAAAAACCAGUGAUAUCCAUCUGUCAAAAUAUAUGUAAUUAUUUUCCCUUGAGCCUUAUGGGGUCUCUGAGCAUGCCCCUGGGAAGCCAGUGGGAUUGGAAUCUUAUUUUAUAGCACUUCGAGAAAGGACAUGAUUAAAUUUGGUUCCUACAUAAUCACCUUAGUGUCUGUUUUUAGGCUAAUCCUGAGGACUUGGGACUUUGUUCCCUCAUUUUUUGUGCAGGGGGACACAUGUACAAGGGUCGUUGGUAGUGCCUGGUGCAUCCUGGUGCUCCUGUUCUGUUUGCUGCAACCUCGUUUGAUGGUUCCUAACAUUUUACAGCUGGGCUUUGCUGUUGGUGCCUUCUGUCUGUCCCCAGCCUGUCACCUGCCCUCACUCAUCCUCAGCCACCUCAUUGGGAUGCAUCUCACCUGUAAAUAUUGGCAAAAUGGGAAAUAACAUGCAGCUUCUCUAUUGAAUGGAGACCUUUAAUGCUGACAGCUGGUGUUGGAUCCUGUAAAGGUUGCUGCUGUGGAGCUGAGCUCUGCACUGCUGCUUCCAGGUGCUAAAUCCUGCCUGGUUUUUGGUGUCUUCAUCAGCUGUGAGCUCAGCAUCCUCUGAGCACCAGGAGGAUGCCCUGAUCCUUCCCCCAGCCUGGGACACGGGACUUUCUGCUUGGAUCCUGCUGCUUUGUAAUGAGGAUUUAGGUGCCCAGAGGUAUGAAGUGAAAGGUCUGAAAGCACAGGGGAUUCUGCAAAUGGGAAAGAUUGUCCAGGUGGAACUGCUGCCUGUGGAAGGGACAGUCUGUGGAUACAAACUGAUCUGUGCUGUGGUGCCACCUGCUCCUGCUGCAAACCAGGGGCCAAGCUGGGAAAACUGUCCUCCAGUUUGUGGAAAAAUCUUUCUCCAACUGGUGUCCCCAGGACAGAGCCAGGGAGUGACCUUGGAGCACAGACACAUCUCAGGAAUGUGCCCUAUCCUAGGCAGAAAAGGGAGUUCUGGUAAUCCUCAUCACUUCUGAAGUCUAAGCAAUACCUGGGUUGUGCUCAAAGAGCUCUAUGAAUGCAAACAUGGGGUUAGUUACUGUGUUUUUAAUCCGUGGCAAGAAUAAUUUGAUAACCCAGGCAGCUGGGGUUAUUUUAGUGAUGCCCAAGGGGUUGGGAGCUGGUGGGGAAGGCUGCAGGAAAGCUGUUCUCAGCCUCAAUUAAUGCAACCAAACAAAUGAUGAGUUAUAAAUGAGCUCCAUAUCCUGUUCCUUUAAUGGUACCUCAAUUCAUCACUUCAGUUUUGGAGAGGAAUGGGUGUUUUUUAUUAUUAUCUCAAAAUAUACUUAGAAAUAUUUGCCCUUUGAGCUACAAGAAAUCCUUCUGGAGCUGUUCCCACAGGUGCAAGAACCAAGCCCUCGAGCUCUGAGCUGGUGUCACACCUUGUUUCUUCAGCAAAUCUGCCAACAGGCUUUCCUUUCUAGCCCAGAGAUCACCCCUAUCGUGUCACAAACAGCAACCUGAAAACCUGCAUGAAAUGAGAUGAAAAAUGUGCCCUGGCAGCAGGAGAAAUGCUCAGAUAGGCAAAGCCAGGCUCUACUCACUCAGCUGCAAUGAAAUCCUUGCUUGUUUAUGUGUAUGUUAGAGCAGCUCAGGGCAACUGGUUCUGCUCUGAAGAAAGGAAGAGACUGAAGAGAGGGGAUUUAUUUGAGAAUAAACAUCCCAGGCAAGGCAGUGCUUUUAGCUCUUGAGUAAAAUCAUUCUCUUUAGCUGGAUGGGUAAAUAUUUGUCUGCUCCUCUCUGUGAUGGAGGAGAUGGGGUUCAGUGUGGGCUCUGCAGAGCAGGUGUGGCACAUUCGUGCUUUGGUGUGUGCUGUGUUUUUCCCCUCCAAAUCCUUCUCUCUGCUGUUCCUGGAGCACUGGGAUGCUCUGGCCUGGGUCAGCUGGGCUUGGAGUCACCAGGAGGGCUCCUUUUUCCCAUCACCAUUGCAUCUGGUCAAGUUUUCCAGACUCUUCCAGGCUGAGGAUGAUUUUCUUGAAAGAAAUUUCUCAUUUGGAGGAACAGCACAUCUCUUUGAUCUUCAGGAGGUGGAUUUGUCUUGCUCAAUAAAUGGCUCUAGGCUUUUGGUUUUGGGGGGUAGUGCUAGGUAAAAAUCCUGGUCAAGUCUCUUGUGUGCUCCACUGAGGAAUGCACAGUCCGUGUCUUUAACCCUUUGGGCAGGAAUGUGCUGCUGUCACUGUCACAGCUGCAAGCAGAUGAGGUUUCAGCAUCAGGGCAGCUGGUGGGAAAGCUGACUUUGUGUAGGGCUCCAGCCAGAGGGAGCCUGACAAGGGACAGGGUAGCUGCUCCACGCAAAACAAACAGCGGCUCCAUAAAACAACUCCCAGGGUGCAAUUUCAUUCCUGAUUUAUUGCCAGACUUGCAAGGAGGAGCUGCUGGGAGAAAUUUCAUGUUCCUUCAGCACAACUCUGUCCUGAAGCCUUCGGCAGCGCUGCCAUGGGGGAAUUUCUGCGUUUGUGGUGUGUGGCUGGGAGCUUGUUUGCCUUCCCCAGCUCAGUGCUUUCCCUCCCAUCUUGCCCAGGACCCCAUGAGCUUUGUCCCACCAGCCCAAGGCUUUGUCCCAGCCCCUGAGAGGCCCAGGCUCCCCCAGGGACAGGGAUUCUCUGCUCUGAAUUUCCCAAGGCAGGAGGGCUGUGCUGGGGGAUGCCACUGAGAGCCCAAGCACCUCUGCUCUGGAGGCUGGAAAGCAGAGUGGAGGUUUUGUAUGGAAAUGCAACCUGGAUGAGGUGCCAAAGGUUUGUAGUGGAGUUUGCUGAGCAGAGCAGUGCAAGGCAUUCCUUUCUGGCCCAGAUCCUUCUACACAAGUCCAUGCUCAGCUCAAGUCCCUCCCAGGCUGAAUUAACCCGCAUCACGCCAUGACCCUGUUGCUGAGAAUGCAGCCUCCCAUGGGAUGAGGGAAGGAAAGCAGCUCCUCAGUCACUGCCCUGCUCCUUCCCUUCCUGGAGAAAAGCCAUGUACACUCAGAGCUGCUGCUGGCAGAGCCCAGACCCUCUGUCAGUAUCCACAAGCCAUCCAAGUGCUCCCAAAAAGCGGUGUAAAUUCAAGAAAAUGUGAAUUGCAACUCCUGAGGGUACAAUGCAGAUCCUCUGUGCUGUAAUUUUGCUGCUCUUUCUGAUUUCUAGGCCUGUUCUGUUGGUAUUUCUGUCUCUUGUUGCACUGGAAGUUGAACCUCUGCCCCUGUAUGUGCUCUGCUAUGAUUCCAGCAUGAUGUAAAUGCACUCAGUACUGUGACAGCAUGUGGCUGUUGCACUGUAAAUAUGUACCAUGAAGAGAGAGGCUAUUUUUUGCAUGCUUUUGUACUGUAGAACUGAUGAGAAAAUGACAAUAAAUUCCACAGAGACGA